AGAUACUGUAUAUGCGUUUACUUGCAUACUUAUAUCCAUUUAUCAUCGCGUCGUCUAUUAAUGGCUCAAGCCACCUGCACGGCGGAUAUUGAUUCGUCCUUUCAACCUUUCAACCUCAAAUCAGAACAUUGAUCACACCUCCUUCAUGUACUUGAUCCCAUGUCAGUCAUCUUCCCCGCAGCAACAACAGAUAGACAGCCCAGAAGGACAUGUUGACUGAGGCGUGAACCAGGCACGCGGUUUACUGAAACAUCAAUCAUUCCUCGCAUUGAAACCUCAUCAAAUUCCUGACUCCAACUCACGCAUCGUCAUCAUCAAGAUCAAGAUCAAGAACAAAACAAAGACCCGCAGACCUCAAACCCCUGACCUAACCAGUCCUGACAUACCAAAGAAACCCCACUACGGACAUCCCGCCCGACUACGACGUAGGAGGAGAUCCAGAUUCUAGGCUGGGGGAUCAACUGGCCUGGGCUCACCCAAUCCAUCCUCUAUCGGGGCCAGUCUCAAGCUCAGCGCUUGUAAAAAGGGCCAUCGUAGCGCACGACAGCGGCACUUUACAGGGGACGCGGCUGAAACCAGCAAAAUAAACACAAACGCCUCUUCGAUCCAUGUCUUUGGUCCAUCCCCUCUUCCUCGUGGAUACUUGUGCUUCUUCAUCAUUUGGCUGUGCCAUCAGUGCUGUCUUCCCUGCUUUUUAAGUACCGCAGCCGCGCCCAACCUGACCCUGGCACUGGCAAGACUGGAGCCCAGCACCCAAAACCUCCGCCCCAUUUGGCUGCCCUGCCUUAUUACCUUACCAAGCCAACAAACUCCCAGCGCCAAAACAUCAUCACCUUCAUCGCAGUCGCGAAACACACCUUUCGGGUAUGAAAGGACCUUUUUGACCUAUAGUCUUAUCCACGCAUCCACUGAUUGCUCGUUACUUCCCUGCACAUAUCCACUGCUGCUGUACCUACGAUAAACAGUCACCCGCUACCGCUACCGCUGCUUAAGAAUCACCCUUGUGAUCCUGAACUCCGCCUGAAUCCUGCCCAAACACCGAAAAACGUUACCCUGAAAGCGCUUCUUUGAUCGUGUUUGCGUUUCCAUCUGAAGCGCUCCUCCCUCAACACCGACAAUAUGGCCGCUGCAGCCGCUGGCCCUGCCUCUCGGCAGAGUCCUGCAACCGCCGACGAGCAGGAAGAUUCUCGAUCGUCAUCCUCGUCAACUUCCCCCGCGCCCGCCGAUAACGAAGAGUCCGAUUUCUUUCUCGGAGCCAACGACUCCCAGUCAAGCAUCGGAGUUCCCAACUUUCAAGAUAUGCAGGUGGAAGAUGCUUGCCAACCGCCCGUCCAUCGGUUGCCAAACGAGAUACUCAUCAGCGUGUUUGCCAAAUUGAGUUCCACCUCCGAUCUGUUCCACUGCAUGCUGGUUUGCAAACGCUGGGCUAGAAACACAGUCGAUCAACUCUGGCAUCGACCGGCGUGCACGAGUUGGAAGAACCACGGCAGCAUUUGCCAAACGCUGCAGCUCGAGACACCGUCUUUCAGAUAUCGCGACUUUAUCAAGAGGCUCAACCUCGCCGCCCUUGCUGACAAAAUCAGUGAUGGUAGUGUUAUGCCGCUCGCAGUCUGUAGUCGGGUGGAACGUUUGACACUUACGAACUGUCGCAACCUCACCGAUUCCGGACUUAUCGCCCUUGUGGAGAAUAGCACCUCGUUGCUGGCACUCGACAUUUCCAACGACAAGAACAUUACCGAGCAGUCUAUCAAUACCAUCGCCAAAAACUGCAGUCGCCUUCAAGGACUCAACAUUUCUGGCUGCGAGAAUGUCUCCAACGAGAGCAUGAUCAACUUGGCAACAAGUUGUCGCUAUAUUAAGAGACUGAAGUUGAAUGAAUGUAGCCAGCUCCAAGACGACGCUAUUCACGCCUUCGCCGAAAACUGUCCCAACAUCCUCGAGAUCGACCUCCACCAGUGCAAUCGCAUUGGUAACGGCCCUAUAACUUCUCUUAUGGUCAAGGGCAACUGUCUCCGCGAGUUACGGCUAGCAAGCUGCGAACUUAUUGAUGACGAUGCUUUCCUGACUCUACCCCAUGGACGACUAUUUGAACAUCUCCGCAUUCUCGACCUGACAUCCUGCGUGCGUUUGACAGACGCUGCUGUCCAGAAGAUUAUUGAUGUCGCACCUCGCCUUCGCAACCUUGUUCUUGCCAAGUGCCGAAACAUCACUGAUGUAGCCGUUCAUGCUAUCUCAAAGCUUGGUAAGAACCUGCAUUACGUGCAUCUGGGUCACUGUGGCAAUAUCACCGACGAAGGUGUCAAGAGAUUAGUCCAGAACUGCAACCGCAUUCGAUACAUCGAUCUGGGUUGCUGUACCAACUUGACAGAUGAGAGCGUGAAGCGUCUUGCUCUAUUACCCAAGCUGAAGCGUAUUGGGCUUGUGAAAUGUAGCUCUAUCACGGAUGACUCAGUCUUUCAUCUCGCAGAGGCCGCAUUUCGACCCAGGGUACGACGAGAUGCCAGUGGUAUGCUUGUUGGCAAUGAGUACUACGCCUCGAGUCUCGAGCGUGUUCAUCUGAGCUACUGUGUCAACCUUACCCUCAAGAGUAUCAUGAAGUUGCUCAACUCAUGCCCUCGGUUGACCCACUUGAGUUUGACUGGAGUUGCCGCUUUCCAGCGUGACGACUUCCAGCCAUACUGUCGACAAGCACCCCCAGAAUUUACCCAACACCAGCGAGAUGUGUUUUGUGUCUUUUCCGGCACUAUGGUAUCCAAGUUCCGUGAUUUCCUCAACACUUCGCCACAAUUUGAGGAGCUAUGGGACAUGCACAGCUGGAAUCGAACAGCAGUCUACCCCGGACAACGGCAACGCACUCCCGUAAUGCAGCCAACAGCCACUGCCGGAGAUGGAGCUGACGAUGAGAUGGUUGACGACGAGAACGAUUUCGAGGGCCUGGACGGCAGCGAGAUGGUCGUGGAUGCUCAGGCACAGAAUCCGGCCAACGGCAACGGAACGAUAAAUCCCAACGCUCUCAUGAACCACGGAUUUCAACAAGCUAUUCCCGUACCACCUCCAGCUCCUAGCUUCCCAACAGGUCAGCUCCCUCCAUUCUUUCCGACGUUCGCCCGCUUCCUGCCUUCAUCCUCACUCGCACGACAGGAACCAGGAUUGCUUGGGCCAGCUUUUAUUCAGAAUAGCAUUAACAACCUACUAGAAGGCGGAACACCACAGCAUACCACUAGCCAAGCGAGCGCAGCACCUCUUGGACACGGGCACCCAGGGAACGGGGAACCCUCGACCGGCGCAAGCACUGCGACUAUCCACCGAUCUCAUGAGAACGGUGACCAACCUGACGCGAUGAACUGAAUGACCGACACUUUUCUUUAGCUCUAGAAAUGACACCACCGGAUCCUUUUUGUUGUUCACUUCCCUGUUCAUGGUAAGGUCGCUCGACCACAGCGAGAGACGCAACUAACAGCCACCAGCAUUAGAUUAUACGCGCUUUCGUUUACGUACGGAAUGGCUAGAGGACACAGGAGUGUAUAUGGAGUUUUGUGCUUAGCAUGCCGUGAUUUUCGGCGACGACUUUUGACGGCAAAGACCAAGAUACCACAGGACAAAGAAGGAAGCGGGAGGCAUGACAAUGAGAACUCACGUGCUUUGGUUUUAAGCCCUUGAUAGGAGUAUAAAGGACCCCUGAGGAAACGGUUUGUAGGGGUUGUAAUUUAUGACAGUCAAAUAUCAACGGCCAAUGGGUCUAUAUGCUUAUUCAUGAUUAUGCGAGAACCACCCUUGAACUGGUAGUGAGAAGUGAUACGUUUCGUGCCCGUUUGUGCUUACAGUGAA